UUUUUGUGCAUGUCUCUAAAAAGCGUUGACGUGGAAAGAAGCAGCAGCAGUAGCAGUAGCAGUAGCAGCAGCAGCAGAGAGGGAAAAACUGCAGCUCUUCUAAAAAUACUGAGGGCAUGCAGGAGUGUGAGCAGGCUGGGGAGGAGGAGGAGGGUGUGAGAGUGCCUCACACCAUGUUUUCUGGAUGCCAGCUGGGUGCAGUUUUGGAAAUGUUCCUCCUGUGAAUGGAGGCACCAUGAACAUUUGGGAAGUGAUCCUGGCUUUCUUGAUUGUGGUACUCAUCCUUGUCUCACUGCUGUCCAACGUGCUGGUGCUGAUCUGCUUUCUGUACAGCGCAGAUAUCCGCAAGCAAGUCCCAGGAUUGUUUAUCCUCAACCUGACCUUCUGCAACUUGUUGAUGACUGUUUUGAACAUGCCCCUGACCCUGGCUGGGAUCAUUUACAAGAAGCCGCCUGGAGGAGACCAGCUCUGCCACAUCGUGGGUUUUUUAGAGACUUUCUUGACCACCAGCUCCAUGCUGAGCAUGGCAGCUCUAAGCAUAGACAGGUGGAUAGCGGUGGUGUUUCCUCUCAACUACCAUUCCAAGAUGCGUUACAAAGAUGCUGCUCUCAUACUGAGCUAUACAUGGUUGCAUUCAGUGUCUUUUCCUAUAGUGGCAACUUCUCUUUCUUGGGUGGGUUUCCAUCACCUUUAUGCCUCCUGCACCCUCUACAACAAGAAACUGGAGGACAGGACACAGUUUGUGGUUUUCACAGGGGUCUUUCAUUCUCUCAGCUUCCUCCUCUCCCUCGUAGUCUUGUGUUUCACAUAUCUAAAAGUGCUGAAGGUGGCACGCUUUCACUGUAAAAGGAUUGACGUGAUCACUAUGCAGACCCUCGUGCUGCUGGUGGACAUCCAUCCCAGCGUAAGAGAGCGAUGCCUAGAAGAACAGAAGAGGCGGAGACAACGAGCAACCAAGAAGAUCAGUACAUUUAUUGGCACUUUUAUACUCUGUUUUGCACCAUAUGUAAUCACAAGACUGGUAGAAUUAUCAUCCAUAGUCCCCAUCAACGCACACUGGGGAGUUAUUUCCAAGUGUCUGGCUUAUAGCAAAGCUGUUUCAGAUCCCUUUGUGUACUCUUUGUUACGACACCAGUACAAGAAGACAUGGAAGGACAUAAUAAACAAGAUGCUGAAAAGGAGCUCAAUAAAUUCAUCAGCCCUCACAAGUGAAUCACAGAGUCGAAACAUUUUGCAAGCAACUGAUUGAAGAGCUGAGGUUAAACUAUUUAUUCAAUGUAGCCUAAUACUGGAACAGUCGAGGAACAAUAGCUGGUGCCAUUAGGAUGAUCAGCUGACAAUAUUUUGGAAAGCCUGCCUUUUAAGUCUUCAGCAACUUAGGUAACGAAUUUCAUAGCAAAGUUGGCUGCCUUUUAGUACUGAUAUCUUUAGUACUGAUAGUAUCUUGUUUGCAAAGAUCCCCACCAAUUUCACAAAAUGUGUGGAAAAAGCAACAUUCUAACCUCAAGGGGGCUUAGAUAUGGAUAAUGAUAAGAGAUUGUGUUUACAUAUUUCCCCACCACCACCCAAACAAACAAAAAACUGGACAAUAUUUGUGCCAGUUUUGAUGUGUGGCAGCAAAUUGACAUCUGUGACCAUACCAACUAUGUGAUCAGGUGAAGACAAUCACUCCUAGUUUUUCCUGAGAUUGCCCCUACUUAGUCACACAUACCUAAUUACACAUAAACCUGUUAAGAUAAAACUCUUAGGCUGCAAUCCUAUACACACUUACCUGGGAGUAAGUCCCACUGAACAUAAUAGGAUUUACUUCCGAGUAGUGAUACAUAGGAUUGCACUGUUGGUGUUUCAUCCACACCCUCUAGGUUUGCACUGGUUUUCUAUGUGCAGAAGGAAACUACUAUUGAGCCAUGGCUGUGUUUACAUUUGUCAAAUGACGCUCUUGCCUGUGGUAGGCUGCAGAACAAUUGCUUUCAUACAUCAAAAGAGACACACCUGGGGGACUCUUAAUUUCAGCUACUGAUUGCACUGCUUCCAGUCUGCAGACUUAUGGGUCUUGGUGACCCACAAUUCAAAUGGUUGACCACCAAUAGAUUAGAUGAUAUAGCCCAUAGUCUGCAUCUGUUUGGGGGGAAAUGGGAUAUACUUGCAGAAGGAGUACAAGUCUUUUCACAAGACACUUCUGAUCCUCCUCAGUUGUGUGUUAACAAAACUAUAACAAAACAGUAGGAAGCUGUGUCUCAUUUUGCCCAAAAUGUUUCCAUGUUGUAAUGGUUUUCUGACUGUGAAAAUACCUAAAGUGUUGUUGCAUUUAAAGUGUCAGUGUCUAACGUCCGCAGUGCUCUGGCUUGCGUAGGCUGCUGGCAGUCUAGAAUGUAAUGCUCUUCACAAUGCAAUAGCUAACUUUGUUUUCUGUCUGAUCGUGACGCCCUGGUUGGUUGCUUCAAGAACGUGUACAGAAAUGUUGCAUAGGUUUCCUUAAUCAAUGCUCAGAACUAGAUAUAAGUAUUUGCACAGAUGCCAUAAGGAUAGGAUUAGCUAAAUCUAUUUUUUUUUAAAGGAAGAAAGACUUACGUAAGAAGUUUAUUUGUUUGUUUGUUUUAAAAAUGCUUGUUGUAAAAAUAAUAAGUAUGACACUUAGAGCCAAAUUUAUUUUUUUGAAAAAUCUCUGGAUGGAAAUAUUUUGUUUCCAGUGAACGCAGUACUGCAAAACUAAAGAAUGCUGGGAAUUACUUUUCUAAAAGUUAGUUUCUAAAAUAGAAACUCAGUUUCGAGAAAUGCAGAAGGAAAUGGGAUAAUUCAGGCAUCAGCCCCAUCUUCUCUUUCCUCUUGUGCAUAGUUUGCUUUUAGUGUGAGAAUCCCCUUAAUUACUGAUCCCACUCCUGUACACAUAUUGCUGUGUGUACCCAGUGGUGUGUAUAAAGAAGGGGCUGGGUCAGGCCUCAGAUGAAAUAAAAACACUACGCCUAAAAAAAAGCCUCUGUUUACCUUCUAUGCCUUCUGAUGGACAAUUUAAUUUAAAGCAAGCAACACCCACCCUACAAAAAUUCUAUAGGAUUCCAUUUUCUAGUUCUGCUGUUUUUGUUUAGUACCCAUAUUUCCUAUUGAUUUUUUCAAGCAUUAGCGUACAAGGGACUUCUCUGUCAAAGAUGCAUAGGCUAUUUGCCUUUAUGCCUUGUGUUGAGUUGGAAGGAAGAAAAUCAUUUUCUCUUAGAAUUAGACAAACGGCAAUUGUGUGGGCUAUUUUUUUCUUAAUCCAUAAUUGAUUUCAAGGGAGAUGCUAAGUAUAUUCUUCAGUGGCAUUGUGCGUGCACGUGGGCACAUACAAAUGUCCUGAUCUGAACUGACGCACCUAAAUAAUUUCCAUGAACGUUUAUGAAUUUCUUUUCUCCAAAAUGCAUCGUUCAACUGCUGAAGUCUGAUCUGAAAAAUGUUGCCUCAAUCCACAACUCCUACAAACUGCAGUGCUCAAAGAAGCGUUUGCAAACAUGAAUUGCCCCGUUUGUUGGCACAAUGAUCUUCUUCUUCCUUUGAAAUGAAUUGUGAGCACAAUGGCAGUUCUGUGGAUGGAAGUGUUUUCUUGUGGUCACUUUCAAAGCUGUUCAAUUAAUUACCGACUGUACACUGAAUUCAUAUCUCUGAGCCUGUCAUGGGGAUAUCUCCAGCUUCAAUGAAAGUAAGUAAGAGGAUGGUUGUUACUGAAUAAUUGAUUUCAUUGGUGUUAUAAGUUGCUUCUAAUGCUAAACUGCUAAAGAUACUAGUAACAAGAUUUCUUAAAUGUUCUCUUGCAACCAACUUAGUAUUUAAUCAAAACAAGUACUGCCUACUGUUCAUUUGAUAUCCCACCAUGUAAAUCCCGUUUUUCUUUCAGUAUUUGUUUGGCAUACUUACCACUUCAUAAUUAAAUGGUUUUAUAUAUUUGACCUACAAGGCCAUCUUCCAGUGAUUCAUACAAAAGUAGCUUCACUGAUUAUUCUGACGCUGUAGCUUAUUAAUAGCACUCAGUACAAGCCAGAAAGUCAUAUAGAAGUAGGGGAAAGCCCAAGGAUAGCACUUUUGAGCAAAUCAUUUUUGCUGUGGUCGGUUCCAGAUAAUAAUCAAAGAAUCCAGUCCUGUAUUUACUUCUCAUACAUAGGUUUACACUGCAAAACCUAUUUGGUUUCAACAAUCUGCCACACUACAAUUUCUUGAGAGACACACUUCCUCCUCCUCUUCCUCCUUCUUCGUCUCCUCCUUCUCGAAUUUACCCUUUGUGCCACUCACCCAAAUUGUCUGCUACCAAGAUCAAAGGAUAAUAACAUUAAAUAAGCCAAUCAUUUCCCCAGGCUUUGCCUGUUAUAACAUUAGGAUGUGGUUUACAAAUCUUCAAAUCUGGCAUAGUGAAAAACGUAAAAGUGAAUAAAGAUAUGAGAUUCAAGAAAUAAUAUUGGGAAUUUUUGAUCCGGCUAAAGUGAAGCCCUUUCAGGGCCCAUUUAAUGAUAUCCCAGUGAAAUCAAAAUGACAUUAGAAGAGUAUCACUUAGGCUGGAUCCUGGUUUCUGUACUUUCUGUGUUCCAGAAAACUAACAUUUUGCUUUGGUUUUAGUAUGUUUGAUGAAUUGCAUGUAUACCUAAGAAAAGAUAGCAUGUGGCAAACAAAACACUGCUGAAACACUUCCCCUAAACUAUUUUUCAAGCUCACAACACUGAAAAUGUUUAUUCUGGUUGGGGUCCACAGAUAAAUAUAAAGGAAAAAUAGGGUUUUGUCAGCCAGACCCUCAGCACUGGAACAAUGAGACCUACACUGGGAGGAGAUGUAUGACUGAUAAUAUGUUUUGUUAAGCUUAUUGGGAUAGAAUUGUUGCUUAUUAAUGCCGCAGUUCAGAAUCCUGUAUGUAUAGGUAAAGGUAAAGGUACCCCUGCCCAUACGGGCCAGUCUUGACAGACUCUAGGGUUGUGCGCCCAUCUCAC